UUCAACUAGCUUGCCGUCCAGAUACAAAUAUAAAUACAUACGAUUUAUUUCUGCAUUCGCACAACAGGACUUAAUAGUCCUGAUCAAGAAUGGCUAGCACCAUUAAGGAAGCGUUGUCGGUGGUGAGUGAAGACCAGUCGUUGUUCGAGUGUGACUACGGAACGCCACACCAUCCCAAGACAGAGAUGACGGCGUCCUCGGCCAGCGAGUAUGGCCAAACCGCCAAGCUGAGCCCCAGAGUCCAGCAGCAGGACUGGCUGUCUCAGCCUCCCGGUCGAGUCACCAUCAAAAUGGAGUGCAACAGUGGCCAGGUUAAUGGCUCUAGUCGGAACUCUCCGGAUGACUGCAGCAUGGGGAAAGGGGGGAAGCUGACGGGAGGCGGGGGAGACGGCAGCGUUUCCAUGACCUACGGCAGCUACAUGGAGGACAAGCACGUCCCUCCCCCAAACAUGACCACCAACGAACGCAGGGUGAUCGUGCCCGCAGACCCCACCCUGUGGACGACGGAACACGUGCGUCAGUGGUUGGAGUGGGCAGUGAAAGAAUAUGCCCUCCUGGACGUGGACAUCUCCCUCUUCCAGAACAUUGAUGGCAAAGAGCUCUGUAAGAUGAGCAAAGAGGACUUCCAAAGGCUGACUCCCAGCUAUAACGCAGAGAUCCUGCUCUCCCACCUCCACUACCUCAGAGAGACUCCACUUCCUCACUUGACUUCAGAUGAUGUUGACAAAGCCUUACAAAAUUCCCCACGGUUACUGCAUGGCCGUAACACAGGAGGUGCAAGCUUUAUUUUUCCAAACAAUCCAGUGUACCCCUCAGAUACCGCUCCAAGAGUGCCCGCCAGACCAGAUUUGGCCUAUGAAGCAGCCAGGAGAUCAGGUUGGCCUCCCCAACCCGUGUCAGCCACUAAGGGCUCCCAACCUUCACCUACCAUUGUGACUAAAACAGAGGAACAGAGACCUCAACUUGAUCCUUACCAGAUCCUGGGACCCACAAGCAGCCGUCUUGCAAACCCAGGAUCAGGACAAAUUCAGUUGUGGCAGUUCCUGUUGGAGCUCCUGUCUGAUAGCUCCAACUCCAACUGCAUCACCUGGGAGGGCACCAACGGCGAAUUCAAGAUGACCGACCCGGACGAGGUGGCGCGGCGCUGGGGGGAACGCAAGAGCAAGCCCAACAUGAACUACGACAAGCUUAGCCGCGCGCUACGCUACUACUACGACAAGAACAUCAUGACCAAAGUUCACGGCAAGCGCUACGCCUACAAAUUCGAUUUCCACGGGAUCGCCCAGGCGCUGCAGCCCCACCCGCCCGAAUCCUCCAUGUACAAGUACCCCUCCGACCUUUCCUACAUGAGUUCCUAUCAUGCACACCAGCAGAAGAUGAGCUUUGUUUCCCCCCAUCCACAGGCCUUGCCCGUCACCUCCUCAAGUUUCUUUGCCACCCCCAACCCCUACUGGAACUCCCCCACAGGGGGUAUCUACCCCAACACCAGGCACCCAGCUGCACACAUGCCCUCUCAUCUGGGCACUUACUAUUAGGGUGGGCUAGAGAGCAGCAUCUCAUGUCCGUGUAACUGGAGGACAGAGGAGGAGAAAAGCAAAAACUACAUCUAGGGCUUCUGUCUGGCUAAUGUUGCUAUUAAACAUAAAGGCAGAAAUUUAAAAAGGAGGGGGGGAAGUGAAGGGAUGAUGUAAAACAGAGAGAAAAGAAUGUUAGGAAAUACAGAACGCAUUAAGAAAAAGAAGAUUGUGAAAACAUUAAAUGUUGUAUGUUGGUAAGAGAUGAGGAGUAAAAUGCAUAGAAACAGGAGGGUGGACACAUGGUAUGCUUGUCACGUACUUGAUGUGAACUUUGGACUGUCUGCAGUGUUGGAGACUGUAGUUUUUGAAAGGGAUUGACAGUAAGUAACCUACUGGAUGUGACUGAGGAAUGUCAGUGGACAGUAGAACAGUUUGCAAACGUACCAAAAAAGGGCCAUUAAUUUACAACAGAGAGCAAUUGCUGCAUGAACAGUUACUUAUAGUUAUAUAUGUUUUUUUUUCAUAUUCAACUACCUUUUUAAGCAAACAUAUCAAAGACAGUUACGAUGACCGUGUAAACAGGAAAGAUAGAUGUGAUCAGAAGAUGGUUGUGGAUUGGAGCUGGUGGACACGAGGGUUUUGACAGGUUGGGAAUGCUAACAGUAUUAGCAACAGUAAACUGUGAAAUAAGCACAAGCAGGAUGUGGUGGAGAGACAAAAAUAAAGAGCUUAAUAGACCACAGACGCAUAAGAGUGAUACAUGACACAUAGCGGUGGACGAGAUCACGGAAAAUGGUAACCAUCAGAGAGGAUGGUUAUGGAGGGAUACUGAAGUAUGUGAAAACAAAGUAUUAUUCCGUUUGGAUAUUAAAAACUGCCAUAUAUUAUCAGUAUUAUGCUACAUAGUAGUUUGAAUGGCAUUAUUGACAGUAAAGGGAGGAUAUUUACUUGAUUUCUAAUCUCGAAAGGAAAUCCUUGAAUAUGAUUCUUCUAUUUGUUUUCAGAAUUUGGAAAACUGGAAUUGUGGCGGGGUUUGAAAAAUGUUUUUC